GAAUUACUUUGGUAACCAAGGAAACCAAAUUGUGUUUUCUACAAUAUUGUGUGAUUACAAUAAUAAUACCUAUAAUAUUUAUUGAACAGAUUUUACUACGUUAUGUCCGAAGAGCAACAAGAACACAAUGAAGAAGAAGGAGAAGAAGAAGAAGAAAUACCAAUUUCACAACCAGCAAUCGAAGAAAUAGAGGAAGAGCAAGUCGAAGAAGAGUCAAUAUUGACAGAGUAUGAUUCCGAAGAUUUUGUUUCUGGCGCAGUUACCACUCUAGAUUCAACAUUACCAGCCGAUUUAUUUGAAUUCAAGCAUUCAUACGGCUAUAACUGUCGCAAAUAUUUCAAUUUAUGCGCUUGCGACGACACUGUCGUUUGCUGGUCUGCUGGGAGUAUUAUCACUUUCAUGGAUGUCAGUACUAAACAAACGUGGUUCCGUAGAAGUACAACUGGUGGUUCCGUCGGAAAUAUUACGUCCUACAGAAAAGAUCCCAAUUAUCGGAUAGCAAUAGCUGAAGGCAGGGAGGGACACCAGGACCCUCUGAUACUCCUUUAUACCUGGCCGCAGAUGGAAAUAGACGCUGUACUUCGCGACGGUACUACUAACGCAUACUCUAUAAUGGAUUUUAGUCCAGAUGGCGAACUUCUGGCAUCAGUGGGUAAAGAACCGGAUUAUAAUUUGACGAUUUGGAAUUGGAAACGUCAUAAAAUUUUAUUGCGUACCAGCGCCUUUACGUUCGAUGUUAAUUCUGUAAUGUUUUCACCAUAUUGCCCUGGUCAACUCACAACUGCAGGGGCGGCUCACAUAAAAUUUUGGAAAAUGGCACAAACAUUUACUGGACUGAAACUGAAAGGGGAACUUGGUAGAUUCGGUAAAACGGAAAUUUGCGAUGUGCUUGGAGUUUAUCCAAUGCCUGAUGAAAAGGUACUAUCUGGAUGCGAGUGGGGUAAUGUUUUGGUGUGGGAAGCAGGACUAGUAAAGUUAGAAGUUACUCAGCGUGGAAGGAAAAGUUGCCAUUCGGCACCAGUGAUCCAAUUUAUGCUGAGCUCUGCUGGCGAUGAAGUUACGACUGUUUCCCGUGAUGGCUGCGUGAGGGCUUGGUAUUGGGAUACAGUGGAGCAAGCCGACCCACCAGAGGAUGACCCUUAUGUAGAGCUCAAUCCUGUCGCUGAAACCUGCGUUCCAAGCUGUCAAAUCAUGUGUUUAAAACAUCAAAAAGAUAUGUUUUGGUAUGCACAGGACGGCAAUGGUGGAAUUUGGACUGUUGAGCUAGAGAUAGAUAAAAUAGAAUGCGAUCACCAAAAAGUCAUGACCUGUCACGCCGGUGGUGUAGUUGCCAUGGCAGCUUUGAGGACACAUCCAAUUUUAAUCACGGCUGGUGAAGAUGGAGCUUUGCACGCAUAUUGCACAGAGACUUACGCGUUGUUGGCUCGUUUCCAGUUUCCGACACCUAUUACAUGUAUGCUGUAUCCACCAGAAGAGGUGGAUGAAACUUCGCGGAUCUUAAUAGUAGGCUUCACGGAUGGGAUAAUGCGGCAUUUAUUACUUCACCCAGAACAUUUACUAUCGCGUUCUAGUAUAGUAGAAUUGAAGGUGGAUUCUACACUUACAAUUCACAGCGAAGAUAGAGAAACCGACGUAGUGGAUUUGAUUUCGCUAUGGAAGCCUCAUUCAAAAGCCAUAACACAGAUAACGAUAAAUGAGCAACAUACAUUACUGGUAACAUGUGGACAGGAUUGUACUAUAUUCAUGUAUAAACUUGAAGCAGGAAUUCCUUUUAAAUUACAAAGACUCGGAUUUAUUGAAACUCCAAACAAUAUCGCCUACAUGACAUGGAAACCCGAAGAGGAACGUGUAUUACUUUUAUGUGGUCAAGUUGGUUUCAUUAUGGAAGCAGUGCUACCUGACGUGAACGUUAACAAAUACAGUGACAUAACCACAUUCAAACUAAAUUUCGUAUCUUUCAAAGAGACUCUUGUCAAAAAACACUUUAUGCGUAACCGCCCUUUCCCCGCUGAAGAAGAUCUUGCCAGUCUUGACGAAGAAGCUCUCAAAGCGAAAGAAGAAGCUGAAAAAGAUGACGAUGACGAAGAAGAAUGGAUCGGAGAAAUAGAACUCAUGGAAAGCGAAAGUAUGCUUGGAACGACUGUGACUUGGGCGAAAUAUUCCGAGGAAGGUGUAUGGGUAAUUCAAAAAGGGACCGGAGCAUUGUUAUUAGUGAAUCCUGGCGUUAACAAAAUUUUCAAGUACGGUCCAAUUCCAGGGGCAUGGUGCGAUGAUAUAACGACUUUGAAGUUCAUAUGUGAUGGUCGAUACCUGCUUCUUGGUACGAAUACUGGUUACAUUCGUGUUGUAAGAAUGCCGACCGAAGACGAAGACACUCCGGAACGUCACUACAUGACUUGGAUGAUGGCUCAACAGAAAAUGCUGAAAAAACUCAAAGGCAGGCGGUUGGCAAAAGAAGAGCCUCAACCAACACCUCGUUUAGAUUUCACAGAUAAUUACUACUUGCCUAUGCAUGAUAGAUACACAGGUGCUAUCACCUGUUUCGAGUUUAGUGCCGAUGGAAAUUAUUUAUAUUCAAGUGGCACUGAUGGAAAUAUUUUCGUGUACACAGUAAAUUUUCCAGAACCACUGAUAGAACAAUCGAAAACACCACUAAUACCGGAAUUACCUAAAAUUACAAAGAUAAAAGAACCUAGUACAGCGGACGGUGAAUUAAUGUCUCAUGAAGAAUUGAAACAAAAGGAAGAAUAUGAUAAAAUGAUGGCUAUAGCAAAUGCUCAUAAAAAGCGUGUCAGAGAUCAUCUGGCCGAACUUACUGCCGAGUAUAAUAAACUAAUUAAAGCAAACCGCAAUUUACCGGCAUCCCAACAAAUCGACGUAACUCUCGACCCACGUCCUCUAGAAGUACAAGAAAAGGAGCUAGAUGAAGCAAAAGCAUUGACUAGGAGAAAACUCGCUCAUCAACUUGAAGCUUCAGACUUGGCACUUCACAAGAUGUACUCCAGGAAUAUUAUACAAGUGGACGUGUUCCCUUUCACUUUAAAAGCUAUCAGAGAUCCAAAAGUAAUGAUUAGACCGCUACGACAGAAGAAUUUAUCAAAAGAAUUUCAAAAGCAACUCGACGAGGUACACGAAAAAAUGGCUGAGGCUGCAUUACGUGGAAGACGUGCAGAGUCAACAUCACGUCGUGUAGCAGCCAGAAAAACAUCGUGGGCUCCUCCCAGAGUCGCUUCAUUUUUAUUGGGCCUUCCUGCCCAUCCUCCGCAUGUCCUGAAAAAAGCACUUCGAAACUACUAUCAACGAUUGAACAAUCAUCAUCUACAAUUUAUCGAAUGGCAGGAACAUCUAUCCCGUAAGCCCGAUCCACUAGCAAUGCCUCCCGGUGCCGCUGAAGCUUUAAAAGAAGCUGAAGCAACCAUCGGCAAUAGACUGCUCAAGACCGAACCAGACUACGUCGCUCCGCCAGGACACAAUACGCAAUUACGUGUCUGUCUAGCCAGGAAAGAGAUCUACGAUACCAAAAGAGCUUUUAACGAUAAAGUACUCGAAUUACGUCAGCAUAAAGUGCGUCUCGUUUCUCGAAUGAAAGAGAUUGGUGAACGUCUACUAGAAAUUAAAGCUGAAAUUCCAACGAAACUCGCUAAAUCACCACCCCAUAUACCACAAAUCGACGAGGAUUUGGAGUUUCCUGAAAAGAAUCUUGAGAUUAAACCAGAACCGGUCCAAGUCACGUCGAGAGCUACGACGGUUAAGAAAACCCAAGAACGAAGGAAAUCUACACUGUUUCCACAGCCCAGGAUCAGACAACCGAGAGUUGCAAGAUUCAUACCGAUUACAGAAUCCCGUCCACUUGCCGCUUCUUGGGAACUACUAAAGCCAAAGCCAGAUCAAGAAUCAUCGGCCAUCGAGAUUGAAAUUCGUGAACGACGUAUAGCCAGACACCUUUAUGAACAAGACAUGCUGCUCGCCGACGCCGAAGUGGCCGUACAACAGUUCGAUUCACGUUUGAGGCAACUUCAACGGGAACGUAUUCGUGUACAGGAGAAAGAUCAAUUGUUGGAGUUACAUUUGUACCAACUUCACAGAGAAAUGAAUGUACUUAAUCGUUUUGAAGCACACGAGGACAGAUUGGCUGAAAGGGUUUUCUCAAAAUUAAUGCAGGUACGGAGUGUCCAAGACCAAAUCACUGAAUGCGAACAUCGGAUCGAAGAACAUGAAACAGAAAAAGAGAGUUUGGAUUUUGCUUGUCAAGAGCUGCAGCGGCAGUUUAAAAGAUUGGUCCAAGAUAACAAGUUUGCUGAUUUUCUGCGAAGGAUUUUUAAGAAAAAAUACCGUCCACCGCGUGACCGAGACGACGAUGAAUCAUCAGAAUCAGAAUCUUCUUCGUCGUCAAGCGAAGAAGAAGAAGAAGAAGGUAGUAUGGACAGUCGAGAUAUCGGACCUAUUCGACUGGACCCUAACGUAUGUCCCGAAGGAUGCGACCAAGAAAUUUACGAUAAAACUUACGACUUGAGAAACACAAGACAUAAACACGAACAAGAAAUGAUUGAACAGAGCCGUUUUGUGGAGAUGCUUCGCAAGGAUAUCGACGCGCACAAUAAAGUUAAACGCAAACUUUCUACGCAAUUAGAUAAAAGGAAGAAUGAAUUGAAAGAAUUCAUGUUGGAGAAACAGAGCUGCAUGAACGAUGUAGACCAAGUGGUGGUGCUUCGGUACGAUCAGAUCAGAGCUUCGGCGAUACGCAACAGCGAGGGGCCGGAGGGUCUCUCUCAAACGGUUGUAUUCCCUGAACAAAUGCUGACAAGACUACGGAAGAGAGUUUUGGAGCUACAAGACGAGAUCAAACAACAGAAGCAGCGACAGAAAAUCAAUCGAACCCAUUUGUUCCGCAUGAAUAUCGAUCUUCGUGAAAUGGAAGCUAAAGCUAAGGACUUGCGUGAUAAAAUGAGAGAUGUUCUAACAAAGAAAUUGGGGAAGCCUCGUAAAGUCGAUCGUAUUUUAGACGACUUGCUGAGACAGAUGGCUAGGAGGCAUAAGUUCUCUGCCGCUUUGGGGACAACACCACAAAUGCUGGCUCAAUUACGGAAGUGGAGGGAGCGACAUAGUGAGCUCGAGAAGAAAUAUCUGCAGUCCGUUGAACGUUACUCGGAGCGUCUGCGUUUGGCUGCAGCGCUUCAAGCCGAUGUCUUACCACAAAAGCCUUUUAAAGACCCAACAGAAAUGGCUGGAGGUUAUAAGCCGGCACAGUACAAAAGGGACGUGGUCCGUCUGCGCAUCAUACGUUCAGAGCAACUCCAACAAAUACAUGCUCUUCGAGAGGAAAUUAAAAGACUGCGUCUGAAACCAUUGUCCCAGCCAACGCCACCACCCACGGUGACGUCACCGGAGAGCGAUCGUUCUCACAUCAAUCUAUUUUUAGUUCCGCGAUCUACGAAGCCUCGACAUAAAUAUUUUCCAACCACGCCUCUCGGCUCCCAAAUGAAGUCAAUCUAUGAUAUAAACGUGAUGAAACUCUUGUACGACUGUUUGGACGCCAUGAGAGUGACGCGCGAUGACGCCGACGAACUUCUCCAAGAGCUAACUUCUGAGCUACCUGAAGUUAUAUCAGGAACGAAAUCCCGUUUUGAAGUGGUCGAUAAGUUGUUGAGAAAGUGGCUUGUGAAGUACGGCGGAGAUCCUGGCCAAUACAAGAAACAGACUAGAGCAUUUGACGCGCUCGCUGCACUGGCCGAUCGCCUUAUUAGACAACAUGUAGAAACCAUGGAAGGUGCAAACUUAAAAUCUCAACAAGUGAUGGAAUCUCUCGAGAUGGCCUUGCGGGACGUUUCCGAUGCGGUUCAACCUUUACACUCACGACUCGGACCGGUCCUUGCCGCUCUGUUUCAUAAUGCAGAAACAGCUGAUCUUGAAACGGAAGAAACAAUGACGUCAUUAGUUAAUUCACUAGUGGAUGACCAACAUUCUCUUACCGCUGAAUCUAUCGAUAAAAUUGAUACAUUUAAAGUUGUGGAAGAUAUUAAAGAAUGUGGCGUACAAGUGCCUGAUGAAGAAUUACAACAAAUCGUCACGCUUGCAACGGAAUGCUUGCGAGCUCAAAUUAUGGACAGCGAAGAAGCAGCUAAACUUGAAAAAGAUGUCGAAAGGGCUUUGAAAAACCUUACCGCAAAAAAACGAACUACAGAUCAUCAAGAAUCCUUCGAAAUCAUCUCGGAGACAGCAGAGGAUCGUUUCUCAAAUAAAAACGUUUAAUAAUACUCUUACAUUGUUAGUAGUUAUUUUAUUUAAUAAAUAAAUUUUACUGAAAC